CGGGCCUGCGUGACCUUGGGUUUGCCUCCCGGAAUGCGCCCGAUAGAUGUGCGGUGCGGAUACUGCGCAGCGUCGGGGGUCGCGGUCCCUGGCGGCUUCCAGCACGGAUGAGUGCUUGGGAUUCCAUGUGUUUUUGCUGAACUUGUAAAGGAGACACCUGGAUGGUGGAUUAACACGAACCUGUGGGCAGCCUCAUAGCUGAGAACAUUGGAUUUUCACCCUAGUCCAGCAGCUCUGCUGCUCACAUAGAUACAGAUGAAUGAAGACCCCAUUCGGGAAGACACCUGGCCAGCGGUCCAGAGCUGAUGCAGGCCAUGCUGGAGUAUCUGCAAACAUGAUGAAGAAGAGGACAUCUCACAAAAAACAUCGGACCAGUGUGGGACCAAGCAAGCCUGUGUCCCAACCCCGGCGGAACAUCGUAGGCUGCAGGAUCCAGCAUGGGUGGAGAGAGGGCAAUGGCCCUGUUACCCAGUGGAAGGGGACUGUCCUGGACCAGGUGCCUGUGAAUCCUUCCCUGUAUCUUAUAAAGUACGAUGGAUUUGACUGUGUUUAUGGACUAGAACUUAAUAAGGAUGAAAGAGUUUCUGCACUGGAAGUCCUCCCUGAUAGAGUUGCAACAUCUCGGAUCAGCGAUGCACACUUAGCGGACACGAUGAUUGGCAAAGCAGUGGAGCACAUGUUUGAGACAGAGGACGGCUCUAAAGAUGAGUGGAGGGGGAUGGUCUUGGCACGGGCACCUGUCAUGAACACAUGGUUUUACAUCACCUAUGAGAAAGACCCUGUCUUGUACAUGUACCAGCUCCUCGAUGACUACAAAGAAGGCGACCUACGCAUAAUGCCUGAUUCCAAUGAUUCGCCUCCAGCAGAAAGGGAGCCAGGAGAAGUUGUGGACAGCCUGGUAGGCAAGCAAGUGGAAUAUGCCAAAGAAGACGGCUCGAAAAGGACUGGCAUGGUCAUCCACCAAGUAGAGGCCAAGCCCUCUGUCUAUUUCAUCAAGUUUGAUGACGACUUCCAUAUUUACGUCUACGAUUUGGUGAAAACAUCCUAGAUGUCAUCACAAACUUUGCCAAAUUUGUGGAACUAUUAAAUGUAUAAUUUGUAGACAUAAAGACUUGAUUGCUUUCCAGUUUAAUGAAAGCUUAGAUGUCCCUGCGAACCCACAAUCUCCACCAGNAGAGCUGGUGCUGUUCUGAAUAGUGCAGACUGAUUCGAACACAAGGCGUCUGUGAGGGGAGUCCUCCCUCUUCAAAGCAUCUGUGUGAGGGGGACUUCCCUCUCACAAGAAGGCUGUCUGUUGGGGGUUACAAGCAAGGUGGUAAAAGUUAAGCUAGUAUCAUAGUCAUUUCAACCUGGAUAGAUUGUAACCAUUUUCCCUUCACUCUGACACUGUCUUAUUCUGCUGCCACAAUGCAAGCAUAGUUUGUUAUUUUUGUUACUGCCUUUUUUGAGAGAUUAUGUAUCUAUAUAGCUACCUGUCUAGACCUGCAUCUGUGUGCCUAUGUAUAUAUUAUACACACACAGAGGCACUCCCCGCUGGCGCUCCUUUCCUUGCGGAUUGGGGUGGGGGUGAUAAUGUUUUCUCCAGUUCAACAGGAGUGCUUGACCCAAGUCAGUCAUAUUUAUAAUAUGCCUGCUCUUUGUUUAAAAUUAAAUUUGGGCGCAGGAAGCACACAGAGACAUUUAGGUUGUUUAAAAAGUCAGAAUUUCUGAGUACCAUUUCAGUCUGGAGGCUUUUAGCUGAGUCCAGGUAUAAAUUAGCCAUAAACAGUCAAUGACCCACAGUAGAAUUUAGUAAACUAUUGAGAAAUCUGGGUAAAAGGCUGCCUUCAAUUCUAAGCUUUGUUUGUUUGUUUUUUUU